CAGUGACUCCCCCGGAAAGAAAUCUCCAAACUGAACUUUGCCUCACAGCUCCUGUAAUUCACAGGCUUUCCUCUUUCUUUUUUUGUUCCCCAAAUUGUCCGGAAGUGUUCACAGCGAUCCAAUUGAAACUUGGAGUUUAAUCUCAAAGAUCAAAUAUUUACUUGUCAACCUUGGUGGAGCUCAGGAUUUGAUUUCUGGGUGUCAUCUGUUUCCUCCUAUUUAGUUGUAUUUUUUUGAUCGGAUAUAUCCAUACUGGUCCUUCUAUGGAGUUGAUGUCUUUCUCGGCAAUCAUCAGAAACCUGUGUUUCUGCGUCCUCCUAUUCUCCGGGACUUGCUUUUCUGGUUCUCCACUUGUUGGCCAGAUUCCGCCUGGAUUCCAAGCUUCUCAGAUGGAGUGGGUGGAUCACAGUGGGAGGUUCUUGCUAUCUAACAAUUCGGCAUUUUCUUUGGGAUUUUACACUGGCGUCGAUGUCACGACCUUUGUGUUGAACAUCAUUCAUUUCAACAGUUCUCAAGCCAUUUGGACUGCUAACGGAAGACAAUUAGUCAGCAGUUCUGAUAAGUUUGUGUUUGAAGAAAAUGGGAAUGUCUACUUGAAGAAGGGGAAUGAUAACGCCUGGUCGACUUAUACAGCCGGAAAAAAGGUCACUGCCAUGGAAUUGCUGGAUUCUGGUAACUUGGUGUUGCUUGGGGAGAACGAUACAAUCCUUUGGCAGAGUUUUAGCAGUCCUACUGAUACUCUUGUGAGUGGUCAGGAAUUUACAGAAGGGACGAGCCUCAAAAGUUUCCCAAACGCUAACAAUAUGUCAGCGUAUCUGAAUAUUUCGUUGGGCGAUCUGAUCUUGUCUGCCGGAUAUCGGACUCCACAAGUUUAUUGGUCAAUGAAAGGUGACAGCCGUAGAACAAAUGUUAGCAAUAGCAAUGGCAAUGUUCACUCUGUGGUGUUGGUCUUGAACUCAUGGAACUUCUAUGAUCAAAAUAAGACCUUACUUUGGCAGUUUGUCUUCUCUGGCAACUCUGAUCCAAGUGCCCUGUGGGCUGCAAUUUUGGGACCCAAUGGGAUGAUCACGUUCGUUAAUCUUGAAAUGGGGAAGUCAAGAACUGUGGAAGCUACUCGGAUACCCGAGAAUUCAUGCAGUAUCCCAGAAUAUUGUAAGCCCUACGAGAUUUGUUACUUUGAGAGCUGGUGUCAAUGCCCUCCCGCUCUCAAUGGCAACUGUGGACCUCAACCUCUAUCAUCAUGCAGCUCGCCUUACAGAUCGGUACAUUUUGCAUAUAUUGGAGAGAAGCUCGAUUAUUUUGCACUUGGGUUUGUGACUCCCUCUCUAAAGUCCAACGUGAAUGCUUGUAUAGAAGCUUGCAGAAGCAAUUGCUCUUGUAAUGUGCUACUGUUUAAUAGCAGUUCUGGGAAUUGCUUCUUGUUUGACCAGAUAGGAAAUUUUGAAAGAUCUGAUCAAAGUUUGAAUGGUUAUGUUUCGUACAUGAAGGUUUCAAAUACAUCCGGGGCCAAUGGCAGCAAGAAUAUUAAGAAGCAAGUGAUUGUGAUUGCAGUCAUCAUUUUUGCAACUGUUGUAGUCAUUGCCGGUCUAGCUUAUAUUGGAUUCCGGUAUCACCAGAAAAAGAAGUCCUUAGUUGACCAUUCUCAAGACUCUCUAAAAGAAGACAAUCUCCUGGACAGUCUUUUCACCAUGCCUACCCGCUUCAGUUAUGAUGAUCUGACUAGAGUUACUAAAAACUUCUCUUCAAAGAUUGGCAAAGGAGGAUUUGGAUCAGUCUACCUAGGUGUCCUCGCAGACGAUACUCAUUUGGCUGUAAAGAAACUGGAGGGUAUAGGCCAGGGAAUGAAAGAGUUCAGAGCUGAAGUAAGUAUUAUAGGGAGCAUCCAUCAUGUCCAUUUAGUCAAGCUAAAAGGUUUCUGCGCUGAGGGGUCUCACCGGCUGCUUGUUUACGAGUUCAUGGGAAAAGGGUCUCUGGACAAAUGGAUUUGCAAGAACAGCGGGGCCAGUAAGAUUCUGGAUUGGAAUACUAGAUUUAAUAUUGCUCUUGGUACAGCCAAGGGAUUAGCUUAUCUCCAUGAAGAGUGUGAAGUCAAGAUUGUCCACUGCGACAUCAAGCCCGAGAAUGUCCUUCUGGAUGAUAAUUUUGUUGCGAAGGUGUCGGACUUUGGUUUGGCCAAGCUAAUGAGCCGGGAAGAGAGCUGUGUGUAUACAACAUUAAGGGGCACAAGGGGUUACUUAGCACCAGAAUGGAUCACAAACAACCCAAUAUCGGAGAAGAGUGAUGUUUAUAGCUACGGAGUGAUGUUGCUUGAGAUCAUCGGAGGCAGGAAAAACUAUGAUCCUGCAGAAUCUUCUGAGAAGGCCCAUUUUCCUACUUAUGCCCUCAAAAUGUUGGAAGAAGAAAAGCCAGAGGAAAUUCUAGACUCUAGACUAGAAUUCGACAAAAUGGGGAGGAUUGUGGAUGCGAUCAAAGUUGCCCUGUGGUGCAUACAGGAUGAAAUGCGUUUAAGACCACCGAUGACCAAAGUAGUUCAAAUGCUUGAGGGCCUUUAUACCAUACCUCAUCCCCAAAUUUCCUCUUCAACUGGACUAAUAAAUUGGAGUAGUGACACAUUUCUUUCAGAAGUUCAGCUGUCAGGUCCUAGGUAA